CGCUACUAGACACUUCCUCGCACCUGGAACAGUAACCGAAGGACUUCGAAACAAAAGUGCCAAUGUUGGAGUAGACGGAGGCAAGCUUGGUGCACCCGCCAUCCGAAGAUAACUGAAAGAGCAAUUCGCAAAGGAAAUUCGGGGAAGGCUCGAUAAUGAGAGGGUUGGCUAGAAACCUUCUACUGCUUAUCAUGGCAGCAGCCAAGGUCGUGGACGUGGAGUCUUGGUGCGACGGCGUGACCCCAUCCUACGACACCGCCGUCGCCGUCGCCACGACCAUCAUCGACGGCGUGGCCGUGGCCGUGGGCUGCCCUGGAAGCAGUCCUUACACUUCGACAGGAACUGGGAGGGUCUAUGUAUCCCAGUGUACGGGGACCGCCUGGACACCGGGGCAGCAAGUGAACUGCUCCAGUACAGCUGUCGGCGCAGCCAUGAACCUGACAGCCUGCACCGGCCAACCAACGCCCCUCAAUAACUCGAAAUUACUGCCGACGAAGAUGACGGUGAACGGCGCCAACGGAUCACCGGAGGACGUGGCCUACUUCAUGCAGUGUCAGGCGGGCCUCCAGUGGAUUUCGGGGAGACCCGUCCAGAUGUCCUCGUGUAAAUCCGGACAGUGGUCGGAGGUCCUAGAUCUGUGUGUCCCAGGUUGCACCCCUCCCCGGGACUGCGCAGGACUGGCUGCUAUGGGAUUCUCCGCCGACGGCCUCUACAACGUCAUCGCCUCAGGAAUGAUGUUCCACAGCGAAAUCCAGGUAUGGUGCACCCUGAGCUCUGACACGCCUAACUGGGCAGAAGGUGGCUGGACCAUCUUGAGUCGCAAAGGUGCCAAUCUGACAGUUGGAACAAACAGCCCUAACGCUACCCUGACCGAGAAGUACUUCAUUGGCUAUACAAACUUCUUAGCACUUUUCCAAGGGACAAGUGGUGAACCCAGACCUCAAACACUCCAGUUUCUCCUGGAAAUGAGCGACGGGAUGCUGUAUCAUGCUACUUACAAGGACGUCUAUAUCAAUACCACGGGAACGAUCGUUUCAGCGGGAGACUACAUGGGGAAUGCUGGUGAUUCCUUCUCCCCUAACAAGCAGUGGCCAUGGAGCAGCACAUUCCAGUGGUUCGCCGAUUCGGCCACUCCAGCGGGUGCAAGCUUCUUCGGAGAUCCAGACGCCCCACUCUGGCCUACGCUGACAGGGAUAACGAUACAAAAAGCUACAAUACGUAUUCGACCCAGCACUUUCGAUAAUAUGACGUCAUGCCCACCGCUGAAAGGAGUUUAUGAGCCGUCGUGGCUAAAAGAUCGCCCGAUGCUGAGUGUUGCAGGAACGGAGGUUCUUUCCAAGACUGAAGUGAACAUAACUGUCCCCCUGAGUCGGAGUCAAGGAGCCAAUGUCACCUACAUUUGCAACGGGCCCUACUAUAGGGAACCCACCUCUGGGCAGGUCGGUGGCACUGUGACUUGCAUACCAGGGGACACCCCAGGCACCUUCAAGUGGAGCGCUCAACUAACUUUACCAUGUCAAGCCAAGUGUCCUGAAGGAUUCACCUCAGCCCUUGACAAGGCCUCCUGCUACAGCUUCUCGAGUGCGCCCGAGCCACACGGAGUAGUCGGCGCAGCCAUGAGGUGUCUGGAGAAGAACACAUCACUGGCCUUCAUCAGAAAUAAGGCUGACCUGACCUCGACGUUGCUGGAUGGCAAGUACUACUUCACUACCCACGCCAUGCCAGGGGAAAGCGGAGCCGCGACGCACGCAAACAUCAGCACUUUCUGCACCACAGCGUGCCAGGUGUGUAUAAAUUAA